AUGGGAAAGGUUGCACUUAUCACAGGAAUUACAGGACAAGACGGCUCGUACCUCGCUGAAUUCCUUCUGGAGAAGGGAUACACGGUCCACGGUAUCAUCCGCCGUUCAUCUAGUUUCAACACUGGAAGAAUUGAACACAUCUACAAGGAUCGUCAUGACACUGGUGUCAAGAUGUACUUGCACUAUGGUGACUUGUGCGAUGCCACAAACCUCAUCGGCAUCAUCUCCAAGGUCAAGCCUGAAGAAAUUUACAACUUGGGAGCCAUGAGUCACGUCAAGGUCUCUUUCGAUAUGCCAGAGUACGCAGCUGAUGCUGAUGGCUUGGGAGUCCUUCGUAUGUUGGAUGCCAUCCGUGCCGCUGGUAUGGAAAAGACCUGCAGAUUCUACCAGGCAUCAACCAGUGAACUCUACGGAAAGGUUCAAGAAGUCCCUCAAUCGGAGACCACUCCGUUCUACCCACGUUCUCCUUAUGCUGUUGCAAAGCAAUACGCCUAUUGGAUCCUCGUCAACUAUCGCGAGGCAUAUGGAAUGCACUUGACAAACGGAAUCCUUUUCAACCACGAAUCUCCUCGUCGUGGACGCACAUUCGUGACGCGAAAGAUUACUGUCGCUGUUGCCAGGAUCGUCGAAAACAUGCAGAAGACCUUGUACCUUGGAAACCUUGAUGCCAAGCGUGAUUGGGGGCAUGCUCGUGAUUACAUUGAGGGAAUGUGGAUGAUGCUGCAACAAGACGAGCCUGAUGAUUACGUCUUGGCCACUGGUGAGACCCACUCUGUCCGUGAAUUCGUGGAGAAGGCAUUCAAGUACGCUGGAGUUGAAAUCAAAUGGAAGGGCCCAGCUGGAACAGUCGACGAAAUCGGCGUUGACGCUUCCAACGAAGAAAGAGUGCUUGUCAAGAUUGACCCUGCGUACUUCCGUCCUACUGAAGUCGAUCUUCUUCUUGGAGACCCAACCAAGGCCAAGACCAAGCUUGGUUGGGAAUCCAAGACUCCUUUUGUCAAGUUGGUGGAAGAAAUGGUCAAGGAGGAUCUUGCCAUUGUCCGAGGAGAGAUUGAUGAUGCGGAAUCUCGAGAGCAAUAA